AUGCCAGCUGCGCUCAGCAACAAGACCAUCACAUUCGGGAAGGGCCAGGAGACAACCGCUACCGAGCUCCUCACUCUCUUCGGUCAGAUCGAGCCGGACAUGGAUGCCCGGGAUGUCGACAUUGAGAAACAUACACACACAGCACUCAUGAGAACAUGCAAGGCGAUCUACAAGGAAGCCACAUCGAGCCUAUACCUGGCGAACCAUAUCAUCAUCGACCGACCCUUUCUGACCCUAUGGACCGACAUCGUCUUCCACAACCUGAAGCACAUCACCACUAUGAUUCUGUGGAUUGGACAAUUCGAGCAGCGCGGCUAUGAUUGGGAGAUGUUGAUACACCAACUAUGUGCCCUCCCUCUCGACAGCCUGAAGAGCAUCCAGGUCUAUUUCCAACGCCCGAACCAUUACCCGGAUGCGGAGGAGUGGUUCACCGGUGAAGGCAGGGGUAUGUUGCAGGCCAUGGAGGCCAUGGCCAAGAUUCGCACGGUCAAGACAGGAAUAAUGUCAAGUUUGCUACAUUGCGGCAUCUAG